AUGGCGUUCAACGGCCAAUUGUCGACGACGGUCUACGUCGUGCCGCGCACGGGGUCGGGCGCGAACCUCAAGUUUGAUGCGUUCUUGUCGCAGCCCGGUCCGGACGUGACGGCCAACUACAUGCUGCUGGACGACCGCGCGUACUGGUCGAUCGAGAAGGACGCGGUGAUCACGAGCGCCGGGUGCUUGGACGCGGAUCAACUGCCUCCCGUGCAACUGAUGCAAGCCAGUCUCACAGACGCUGUCGUCGUCUCCAGUGUCGACGACCAGAAGAUCGAGUGUCCGUCGGGCAAGCUGCUCCAGCUCCAGUUCGCUGGCGAGAAGUUUGUCUUUUGCAACUCCAACACCAACCAGCUCACGAAAGCUGUUGGCGCCGACGGCGACAUGACGAUCGAGCACCUUGCGGACCCGACGAUGCUGCCAGAUUUUACGAUUCCUCGCGUUCCGGGGCAGUCGGCGCUGUCAUGUCCGGUGAUCACAAACGAUGCCUUUCCCAAUCUCCUACGCUCUCCGUCGACGACACUGUCGACGCGUGCGGCGUCACUUGGCCCCACGACGUGUCGCUGCAAGGGCCGUUGCAAGCCUUGUCUUUUUGUGCACGGCGUUGGCAACAACGAGUCGUCGCUGUCAACGCGGACCUUUCCCAAGACGUGGGGCAGUAUCCAGGACCACGCGCCAUGCUGUUUGAGUGUCGCGUUGGCCCACUACGAGUCCCGUGAGCGGGGGUGGACGCGCCCGCGCCACGUCAGCGGGUCGUCGACGUCAUCGAUCGACAACCUCAUCCUUGUCACCUACUCGAUGGGCAAUCUUGUCGCUGGCGGCGCCGUUGCCAACAGGACGUGUACGUUUGGGAGCGGCGUCACGUGGGUUUCGCUGGUGGGUCCGAUGCAAGGCAGUAACGCCUCCAAUGUGCUCGAGCAAAAGUGUGCCUCUGGCGACUGGAGUCCGUCGCUCGCCGUCGUGGGGUACUGUCCCGCCACGGAGGCGUAUUUGCAACUGAAGGACCAAACCAGCGUGAGCAUAGACCUCUACAACGCCUUUCAAGCCGCACAAAGCGUCCACCACCGUGCCAGCAAGGUCCUCUGCGGCAUCAAUGCAUCGGGCCUUGGAUCGGCCGAUGCACCAGCGCCCGUUUACGUUGGCUCGCAAGCGUUUUAG